AUGGGGGAAUGGCGGAGGACCGCCGAGCAUUUUGUGUGCGGUGGAGUUGCUGGAAUGGUCGCACGGACCGUCAUCGCACCGGUCGAGCGGAUCAAAAUCAUUUACCAGAUCAACUCCAAGAGUCAGACGGGCUGGCUGCGAAUUAUCCGCAAGGUUGUGGACGAGAGUGAAGGAGGCGUGCGUGCUGUCACGGCUUUCUGGAAGGGCAACUCUGUUGCUGUGCUCCGUGCCGAAGGCUUAGUAGUCAUGCACUGGCACUUGAGGACUUCAGGGCGGCGGUUGCACUAA